ACUCUAUUGUUUAUAACAUCCUAGCAAAGAAGAUGGUAGUCUCUAGCACUGAUGAUUUUCAGGCCACAGUUCAAAAAAGUUAUGACAAAAUGAGUGAGUUAAAAGCCUUUGAUGAUACUAAGGCUGGUGUCAAAGGGCUUGUUGAUGCUGGAAUCACUAAAGUACCUCAAAUAUUCAUUCUACCACCAAAAAACAGGCCAGAGUCCUUAGGUACAAGUGAAAAACAGUUCAUUUUCCCAGUGAUAGACCUUGAAGGUAUUGACGAGGACCCAAUCAAGCAUAAAGAGAUUGUGGACAAAGUUAGAGAUGCAUCGGAGACAUGGGGUUUCUUCCAAGUGGUAAAUCAUGGAAUUCCAACAUCUGUCCUGGAAGCAAUGCUGCAAGGAACACGUGAGUUUUUUGAGCAAGAUAUCGAGGUUAAGAAACAGUAUUACACUCGAGAUAUCACGAAAAAGGUGGUUCACACUAGCAAUUUUGAUUUGUAUAGCCCUUCUGUUCCAGCUGCAAAUUGGAGAGACUCCUUGUUCUUUUCAAUGGCUCCCAAUCCUCCCAGUCCAGAAGAAUUUCCAAGACCAUGUAGAGGAAUACUAAUGGACUACUCUAAGCAUGUGAUGGAACUGGGCUGUUCCUUGCUUGGAUUAUUGUCAGAAGGUCUCGGUCUUGAUCGUUGUCAUCUUGAAGAUAUGGAUUGCGCAGAGGGGCUCGGUGUUGUGGGCCAUUACUAUCCACCAUGCCCUCAGCCAGAACUUACCAUAGGCACCAAUAAACAUUCUGACAAUGAUUUUAUCACAGUGCUUCUACAAGAUGAUAUCGGAGGACUCCAAGUGCUUCACCAGAAUCAGUGGGUUGAUGUUCCUCCUACACCUGGUGCUAUUGUGGUAAACAUUGGAGAUCUUCUGCAGCUUAUAUCAAAUGAUAAGUACUUGAGUGUUGAGCACAGAGUAUUGUCAAAUAAAGUUGGACCAAGAAUAUCAGUUGCAUGCUUCUUCAGUACAGGUCCAUUACCAUCUUCCAAGUUGUAUGGACCAAUUGCUGAAUUGUUGUCAGAAGAUAAUCCUCCGAAGUAUUGUGCAACCACAGUGAAAGCCUUCAGUGAUUACUUCCGUAAAAAGGGUUUAGAUGGAACUUCUGCAUUGUUGCAUUUGAAGAUCUAACAUAGUA